UAUUGGUACGCUGACCUGCCGUUGCCCUUGUACUGUCAAGUCAAUACACACAGGCUGUAAAGCAAAACCAAAUACGUGGAACCAGGCUAUAGUUGACAUCAGUUUUUAAUGCGUUAGAAAUGUUAUAUGAUAUAUAAUUGCUGAGCUGAUGCUGGCUUCAUCUCGACGGGUCAUCCAAGCCCUUCACAUCACUCCUCAUUUGGUCGUCAGAAGGAACAUCUCUCAUCAGGGACCUCUCAAGAUGAGACUGAUCCAGUUUCAGAACUCAGGUGCCCGGAAGAUUGGGCUAGAGCUGGGAUCUGGAGGAAACAUUGUUGACUUAAAUGCCUUUGAUUAUUCACUUCCGUGUAGCAUGAAAGAGUUCCUAGAGGCUGGAGACACUGCCUUUCAGAAAGCAAAAAGGGCGCUUGAAUCUGGACAGCAUAUCCUGAAUCGGUCUCAGGUGUCAUUCCUGCCUCCCAUUACCAACCCAGAGAAGAUAAUGUGUGUUGGGAUGAACUAUGUGGAUCACUGCCUGGAGCAGAAUCUCCCCGUUCCCAAAGAACCAAUCAUAUUUAGCAAGUUCCCUAGCUCCAUUGUGGGUCCAUUUGACCCAAUAAUUCUUCCAAAAGAAAGCAAGGAAGUGGAUUGGGAGGUCGAACUCGCCUUUGUAAUUGGAAAGGAAGGGAAAGACAUAAAGGAGGAAGAUGGGAUGGAUUAUGUGGCGGGAUUUACUGUCGCACAUGAUGUUACUGACCGGGACUGGCAAAAAAGAAACGGGAAUCAGUGGUUGCUGAGUAAAACAUUUGACACCUUCUGCCCAAUUGGGCCGGCUUUAGUAACCAAGGACUCUAUUUCAGACCCACAUUGUCUUGGGAUCCGCUGCCGUGUGAAUGGAAACCUUGUGCAGGACAGUAACACAAACCAGAUGGUCUUCAAAACAGGAGCUCUGAUUGCUUGGGUCUCCAAGUUUGUCACAUUGAAGCCUGGGGACCUUUUCCUCACCGGAACUCCUCCUGGUGUUGGUGUAUUCAGAAAGCCACCCGUUUUCCUUAAAGCUGGAGAUGUGGUGGACUGUGAAAUAGAUGAGCUGGGAGUUAUCAGUAACCAGGUGCUGUGAGGAUUUGCAGGGCAUAGCAGACCGUCUCACAUCAUUCUAACACUGACAUUUAUUAGUGAAAGAAAUGAUAUUCAUGAUGAGAAAUUCAAAUUCUACUAAAAUCUACAAAUGAAGUGCAUGCACAAAAAUAAACCUCACACUAACUGUACUGUAAACAACAAAAAUUAUCAUUUUAAGUAUUGUGUUUGCAUCUUGUUUUUUUCAACGUCAGCAGUUUUGAAUAAAUGUGUCUCAAAGAUAAUGAUCUAAAUAUUGACAAGCUGUGACAAAAUGCAAAUAUAACCAUGCCAUGUGAAAUUAACCUAAAUAAUAGCUCAUCCACUCUCCUCAUAAUGUUGUUGACCUGUGAAAUCAACACUCAUAUAUGGUGUCAUCUGUAAUCUUCUUUGCGAUCUUCUACUCUUCAUAAUUUGUAAACAAAUUGUUGGAUAAAGGAAUUCAGUUUUUUGCA